CGGUUCCGGGCGGUUCUUCUUCGCAUCAACGUUUUUAAGUUUACCGAUUUGAAGCCUUGCUUUACACAAGAAGACGUCGGAACUGAAGCACUGCGUGUAGUUAAAAGCGAAUUAUUCCCCCUCCGUUUGGGUGGCUCUGACUGAGGGUUGUCUGACUAAGAUGCAGGGAUGCAGUGUGAGCCGGACAUGAUGGAGGUCCUAGCAAAGCUACAUCCUUUUUUACGAGAAAAGCAAGAUGUGGGAGGAUAGAUCACCAUAAUGGACAACAUGGACUCCUGCAGUCUGGAGGACCAAAAAGAGAUGGAUUCCAACAAAGUAUGGCAGUGGCGCAUUACGUGUGGGAAGGGAAAUUCCAGAUAUCAAGAACCAUUCCAUCACAGUAAUAGAAUAGGAUUAGAUUUUAACGUGGCAUCCAACACACACAACAAAAUUGACGCACAAUCAGUAACAAAUGGUGUCAUCCUUGAGGUGUGCAACUUUGCGAAAACAGUAAACGAGAGUAAAGGACAUUUUAUCAUUAAUAUUCUGAAAAAUAAUUUUGAUCUUGGGUUGGAAAAUGAGCAACAGGUGACUGAUUUUACUGCUCAAAUUCUGCGUAAAGUCCAAGACUUGAUGAGAAAACCUCCUAAAGAUAAAAAAGAAGUUUUUACUCUCUUUGAUACGUCUUCAAAGCGAGAAAGCAACAAUGGACUGAACGUGGCAUCUGCAGAGCUCGACUCUGAUAGUUUUGUGGGGGACAUUGACGAUACUGAUGAUCGUGGACAUGGUGAUGAAUACACGUGCUCAAAAACCACUUCCAAAGAAGACUUGAAGACAAAGAGUCCCUUGGAGGAGACGGAAGGAGCACUCAGCGAUGACAAUGUGGACAGGAAUGAACUGAAGUGUUCGGGAGAAAUGUCAGCAGAAACACUGGAGGAGGAUAUUUUCCUUCCUAAGUUCACUUGUUGUGAGAAAAUUGGUCUGAGUCUUGAUGUUGGGUCAAAACAAAGUCUAGAUAUCGGUAUGUUAACAACGGGUGUGAUGUUGGAAUUGGUGCACUUCACCAAAAUACUGACCGCGUCCUACAGACUUAUUGUUCUCAGGGUGCUGGAGCACAACUUUGAACUUGAUCUCAAGAGUCAAAAAGGAAAAGAUGCUAUUUGGUUCAGGAUAUUGCACCUAGUAAAGAGAAGCAUGGAGUUUAAAAAUGAGCCAUUUCCCCUCCCUCAGCAAAAUACGUCUUCGUUAAAAAGUGAGAGGGCAAACCAGAAGCACAAAAGAGGAAAGUCUAAAGACACAGAGACAAACACACUCUCAUACAACACUGAUGUUUCUACAACUCAAAAGGCAGAAGGAGAUGAUUGUCAAACUUGUCCUCCAUCAGAGUUUGAUCUAGGCUCCUACACUGGCAAUGAAUGGGACAAAGAACUGGAGGAAAUGGAAGUGGAGGAAGCGGGGUCAGAUCUAGACAAAGUCACAAACUCUGAAGCAAGUUGUCUGGCUGUUCUUGAGUCUUCCUUCACCACCAACAACUCAUCAAGUCUAGCAGUUGUAAAGGCAAGCGCCGAGUCACUGUGUGACUGUGUGAUGUGUCAACCUGAUGCACAAGGGCUCUGUGGAGGUGAAGCGCAAACACAGUCUCCAACUGAACGUGAUGUAGAACAAGAGAAGAUGAAAAAGGAGAAGAACAUGUGGAAGAUGCGGGCCAACAGAGUGAAACAAAUCCUCUCUUCUGAAGAGUUUGGUCCUUUCAAUAAGACCAUACGUUUUGGCCUUACAUUUAAUGUUGGAUACGGACCAAAGGAAUACUUCAGUGUUGACUCUGUGCGUGAUUCGUUUUUGAUUGAACUUGCUAAAUUCGCCCUCGCAAUGAAUUCAUCCCAACAGCAUUUCAUCAUGAACAUUCUUGAGUACAACUUUGACCUGAAACUGAAGUCUGAACUUCAGAGAAAUGGUUUCGGCUGGGAAAUGAUGAAUAGAGUGAGACAUCUAAAGGAAUGUGAAGAUUCAGUCAAGUUCUCCAAAGAGGUCUUUAAGCUGCAUGGUGCCCUUCCAUCAAUAAGGAUGGCCAGUCAGGGUGUGAGCUGUGUCAACGCUGAACUCAGCAGCACAUCGAGGAUGGAGGAGAGUGAAGUCACCUGUGGGAUUCCUCUUCAUUCGCAGACUGAAGAACAUAUUUCAGUAAAGAGUGAGGACCUUUAUCCCUUCUGCAAGGAGAUUGGUCUGAAACUACAUGUAGACAAUACUCAACCAAAAGAGAAACAAGAUAUCAACAGACUGACCUAUGGAGCAAUGACUGAAGUGGCAAACUUAGCAGAAAGCUUGUGUGGGACUUUUGAGCAGAUUUGUGUUGACAUCCUAAAACACAACGUGGACCUUGAUUUGCUAAGUGGAGAUGCUGACCAUGUCAAAGAAAUGGUUGCACGAAUUCCUGCUGUGCUUGAGAAAAAAAAUGUAAUAAAGGUCUCAUUCCUUAAAGGCUCAACAAACAUGAAACUUGAUUCUCAGAACUCAAUUCCAGAGGCUGGUCAUGCUGGUUCUUGCCAGGCUUCAGUCAAAAAUGAAGAAGAAGGUAGUUCCUCUGACAUAGAACACCAACCCAAGCUCAAUUUAAAACUCUGGCAAUUGAGGAAGAAUCAAAUUCAGCGAAUCCUCUCAAGACCUCAUAUAGAACAUUGUCCACUUUAUUCUUUUUCCAGAUGCAAGAAACUGGGCAUUGAUUUCAAUGUAGGAUCUGGAGUCCAACAGAAUCUUGAUCACAAAUUACUGACCAAUGGCAUCAUGGUUGAACUUUCUACUUUUGCCACAGAGAUGGCGUCAGCCCCAAACUAUUUCAUCACAGAGAUCCUGGAGCAUAACUUUCAUCUGGUUUUCAACCAAGAGCUGAAUCGCAGUGCCUUUGUACAGCAAUUGUAUAAGAAUAUGAAUAUGAAGGGAAGCAACAAAAAAUGUCUAUUGAUAAAGACGUUUGAACUCCCUGACACAAAUUGCAUACCAGAACCUUCCCAUCUGAGAACCUCCUAUUGCCCCAAAUGCUAUCUAGUCAGAAAUUCUGACCAUCGUCGGUAUAAAUGCGUCUCAGGUCACAUUCAUCAUCAUCCUCAACACACCAGGAUUGAUGCACCCUCUGCUGAUAGAAACUCCACCACACGAAAGCCAGCAAAGUAUCCGUCCUCCACCUUCUCACCAAUGGAGGAGAUGUUAAUGGACAGGUACCCUCUCUGCAGGGAAAUAAGCUUGAAACUGAUGGUGGACAAACACCAGCCAAAACAUAAGCUUGACCCACAUGUAUUGACACGCGGGGUUAUGAGAGAAGUUGCUCAUUACUCAAAACAUUUGAGUGGAACGAAAAAUCAGAUCAUUAAUGACGUCCUUCAACACAACUUCAACGUUGGCAAGCUCGCUCAACAAAUCAAUCCUGCUUUGUUUUUCCCCAAACCAAAGGGACAACAGGAUUUACCUCUGGCCUGGCUAAAUGAAGUAUUUAAAAUUCAACGAUAUCAGUUGAAACAUGAAAGUGAAUUGAAGGAAACUGUAAAAAAAAGGACAUUGCCAGUGGAAACACAGAAGAAAACGGCAAGGGCAACUCCUCGAAGAAAAGUAAGCCGCUUAUCCACUCUCACUAAAAAUGAGUUGAAAUCAGGAGAGAGUCAAAAACUGAACUUGAAGCCAAAGACCAAAUAUAUUGGUGACAUGGAACAAGAAGAAAUAGCACCAGAGAACUACUACACUCGUCCUCUAGAAGAGUCUGAUCUGGAGUCAGAUGAACUCACAGACUCUGAAAACUCUAGCAUUCAAGAUCACUUACAGAAACCCAGAAGUUCCUCUAAGCUCAGACGUCUGUAGAGAAUCAGAAGCAAGUUCUCUGGGUGUUCACGAGUCUUCCCUCUCCACCAUCACCUCCCACAUCUCAUCAAGUCUACCAAUAGUAAAGGCAAGCACCAAGUCACUCAUGUGUCAACCUGAUGAACGAGGCCUCGGUGGAGGUGAAGCGCAAAGACUGACUCCAACAGAAACAGACAACAACAUGUGGAAGAUGCGGGCAAACCGUGUGAAACAAAUACUCUCCGCUAAAGAGCUUGGUUCAUUUAAUAAGUCCAACAUGUAUGGCCUUGAAUUCAAUGUUGGAUAUGGACCACAGAGAAACGUCAGUGUUGACUCUUUGCCUGAUGCUGUUGUUUUUCAAGUUGCUGACUUUGCCCUCGCAUUGAAUUCAUCCCAACAGCACUUCAUUAUGGAGAUUCUUGAUAACAACAAGUUCUCCAAAGAGGUUUUUAAGCUGCAUGGCCCCCUUCCAUCAAUAAGGAUGGCCAGUCAGAGUGUGAGCAGUGUCAACGCAGGAAAGUUCCAGCCAAGAAAUUGAACAAAGUUCGUUCGGGGCAACAAGUGAGAUACUUUUUAGAUGUAUACAAUCUGCAUUUGGUCGACCGGGACAAAGUUAGCACGAAACUUCUGUCGCCUAAUGAGGACACGCAGUUCCCAACCGAUCCGGGGACAGUUGUGCAGACGGAUGAGCAGCGUUUGGAUACACGUUGUGACAGUCCUCUCUGGGUAAAAGUGGAGAUAAAGGAGGAGGAGUGUGAUCCACGCUACGGCAGUACGACUCCAGAACAAGACACAGAGCAUUCAUGGUUUGAAGCCUUGUUUUAAAGGUGGUUCGACUGUUCCACAGUUGGACUUUAGUCCAGAUCUUUCCUUUUGUUCCGUGGGGAGCCUUGGUCAUGUAUGUUUGUAUGUUGAGUAUUUUUUCACUUCAUUCAAUGGAUAACAGAUUUUUAUUGUAUUGUUGUUUUUAUCAGUUAUUCAUCUUCACUUUUCUACCACUUCAUAUGGUACUAUGUUUUGAUGUUGGACCUUAGGAAACGUUUUCGUUUUUUCAAAUGGAAAAUACUACUGUAAAUUACUUUUUGAAGCUGUGAUGUAAAUGGCUAAAGAUUGAUUUCAUCACCAUUUGAAUUACACAACAGAAAGGAACAUCUAUAUCUUGAUAUGUUGUUAUACAUUUCAUUUCUGUUUAGUGCAUUUUACAAAAACAUGUUGUUUUUUUUAACGUGUAAUCCUUUCAAAUACAUCAAUGCAUACCAUAUACACAGGUUUGUGGCUCAUCCUUUAUUUUCUUGACUUUUUAAUCCUCAUAAGGAAAUAUUGUUCUUUGAAUCUUUAUUCAACAUUGACUUUUUUGUCUUUUUCUGAUUUUCUAGAUGUGUAUGCACAGCCAAGUGCAUGUGAUUUAAAUGUUAUAGCGGAGAGGAGCAUUAAAAUCUUGAGAAAAAUCAGCAUUCACACUUUCAUUUUGGGUUAAAACGUAGCUAAUCUUGUAAUGUUUGCAGAAAUAAUAGCAUGAAAUACAACAAAUCCACUUUACCUGCACAUUGUCUUUGUUCCUCUCUGUGUGCCUGUCAUACUGUUCAUUCUGUCACUCUGGUCUCUCUCUUCCUUCCUGUGUUUCUCUCUCACACACACUAUGGUCUGGUUGAAUUUCAGAGGGCAUUUACCUCUCAUACAAAGUUCUUAAGGAAAAAUCUCCCCAGGAAAAUCUGAUUGUGU